AUGGAUGGAAUAGGCACAAAAGAGAAAUACUUGACGGAAGUAUUGAUGGGCAGGUCAAAUGCUGAUAUUAAUGCGAUUAAGACGAUGUAUCAACGACGGUACAACAGGAGUCUGGCAAACGAUCUCAAGGGCGAUUUGAGUUUGAAAACCGAGGAUCAUUUCUUGAUGGUAUUGGAAGCCAAUAGAAACGAGGAUAGUGCCCCCGUCAUCACUCGAGAUGUUGAACGCGAUGUAGCAGCUAUAUGGAAUGCGACAGAGGCCAUACGUGGACAUGAAGCAAAGACGGUUUGUGAGAUAUUCACCAAACGAAAUGAUGCCCAACUUCGAGCGAUCAAUCAUACAUAUCAGCAACAGCAUGGAAAGCCUUUGGAAUGGGUUAUCAAGAAGUUCAGCGGCCAUAUGGAGGAUUCCCUUCUCUUUCAACUUCGCACAGCUACGGAUAAAGCUAUGCGUGAUGCAAAUCUCAUGGAGGAUUCAAUGAAAGGUUUUGGCACCAAAGACAAACUACUUGUUGCUCGAGUUGUCCGAUGUCAUUGGGAUCCAAGACAUAUGGACCAAGUCAAGGGUGCAUAUCAGCACGCUUAUGGACGAUCAUUGGCCUCCCGAAUUUCUGCGGACACAAGUGGUUACUAUGAGAAGUUGAUGGUGAAGUGCGUCGAGUACAGUAAUCUAGUUCAGCCGGGUUAUUCAUGGUUUUAA